UUUUAGUGCGAUGUUUUUUCCCGAGGUGUUCAGUUCUCUCGCGAUGUUUGAACAAAUAGACACACUUUUUUUCGUGCUCUACUAAUAGAAACAAAAAUCAAAAUCAUAUUUAUGAAGUGGGAAUAUUGUUCCGAUUUCGUAGCCGGUUCCUUUGCUGGUGCGUGUGGGGUUUUAGUUGGACAUCCCCUUGACACUAUCAAAACAUGGCAACAGGCGUCAAAUUCAUCAGUAUUUACUGCAAUUCACCAAAUCCACAAACGCAACAAUGGGUUAAAUGGUUUUUACAGAGGAAUGUUCUUCCCAUUCGUUACGACUGGAGCAGUGAAUUCUAUUUUAUUCGGCAUCUAUGGCAAUCACAUGCGUCAACUCAGGGCAGUAUGCCACAGCGAUUAUCAACGUGAGCAACUCGAGUACAGGCAUAUGUUUGUGGCUGGAUCCAUUGCAGGUUUCGUUCAAUCUUUUAUAGCUUGUCCAAUUGAGCUGAUAAAAGUACGACUACAAACACAUAAUUAUUACAAUGAUUACAUAUUUGGACAAAAAAGGACUCCUUUUAAACUGUUUAAAAAAAUUUGGAAAAAUGAGGGAAUAACUGGAUUAUAUCGGGGAUUGUUGCCAACGAUGUGCAGGGAUGUCUUUCCAUAUGGCAUAUACAUGAUUACAUAUCGGCUCACAAUGGAACAAUUAGAUGAGGCUGAAUUUAUGAAACGGAGAAAACAAAGACUCUUAAAAAAAGAUGGCACGCCGAAGGUGGACAUGUUUGUGACAACGUUAGCAGGAGCCUUUGCUGGUAUUCUGUCCUGGGUUUGUGUUAUUCCUUUUGACGUUGUUAAAACUAUCAUGCAGGCAGAAGAAAAUGCAAGAUAUAAAAGCAUGACACAUUGCAUAAUGAAAAAUUUCAAGCGAUAUGGCUGGCGAAGUUUGUUUCGAGGAAGUUGGAUGUUGGUUGUUCGUGCAGUACCGGUUAAUGCAGCGACGUUUCUUGGAUAUGAAUAUGCUUUGCAAUGGUGCAGUAAUGGACCACAACGACUUAAAUAUCAGUAGAUGUGAAAUUCUUUAUAUAUUUGACCACUUAAACUUGUACUGUAUGCUCUACCUUUAACACGAAAAUAAGAUUCCAAUAAGCAAAGAA